UUUUACUUUACAGAGAUGAAACGUAUAUAGGCAAUUUUUCAUUUGAGCGAGACACAUGGGGAGAUAGGCAAAGGCAAUUUUUUACAAAGGCUAAUUUGUAACCACUAUUUUUGUGGUGCUGUUGUCGCUUCUCCAAGCCUUUUGAUCUAACCGCCGUACUAAAAGCAUGUUCGAUCCUCCCAUCUGUCAGAUUUCUGGCAAAUCAUAGAGCAGCCCCCAUGCAAGUGAGUUUUCGCUGAACAAGAAACUCGUUUUUUUUGUCCACCAUGGCAAAGCAGUAUGACGUUUUGCUCAGGUUGCUACUUUUAGGAGAUUCCGGGGUUGGAAAGACCUGUUUGUUGUGCAGGUUCACGGAUAAUGAAUUCCAUUCGUCGCAUAUCUCUACACUUGGAGUGGAUUUCAAAAUGAAAACAUUAAAAAUAGAUGGCAUUAAAGUGCGCGUACAGAUCUGGGAUACUGCUGGCCAGGAACGGUACCAGACCAUCACCAAGCAGUACUACAGACGGGCACAGGGUUUUAUCCUGGUGUAUGACAUCACUAGUUCCCGUUCCUUUCAGCACAUUGUGAAGUGGGCUAGCGAUGUGGAUGAGUUUGCACUUGACAAGGUGCAGAGGAUCCUGGUGGGGAACAAGGCUGAUGAGGAGCAGAAGAGGAAAGUGCCUAAAGAACAAGGGAACAAGCUAGCAAAAACCUAUGGAAUGGAGUUCUUUGAGACAAGUGCCUGCACCAACUGCAACAUAAAUGAGUCGUUCACCCGGUUGACAGAGCUGGUCCUGCAUGCUCACAAGAAAGAGAUGGAUGCCUUCCAGGGUUCAAUUAAUAAAUACCUAGACAUGACUUAUCUGGAGGGAGAGCAGGACAAAGAGGACAACUCCCAGAAGGCCUGCGCAUGUUAGCAUGAGGCAAAACUCUCAACCUGGGAGUGUUUGGAUAAAAUAUUUAGUUGUUUUUGCAAUACCUCUGGCCCUGUGACAUAAUGGCAAUGAAAUGAUGAUUAACUUAUUAAAUCUGUGAGGACAGUUGAGUCGGAAGUUUACAUACACCUUAGCCAAAUACAUUUAAAUUCAGUUUUUCACAAUUCCUGACAUUUAAUCCCAAGUAAAAAUUCCCCGUUUUAGGUCAGUUAGGACCACCACUUUAUUUUAAGAAUGUGAAAUGUCAGAAUAAUAGUAGAGAGAAUUAUUUAUUUCAGCUUUUAUUCCUUUCAUCACAUUCCCAGUGGGUCAGAAGUUUACAUACACUCAAUUAGUAUUUGGUAGCAUUGCCUUUAAAUUGUCUUCCACAAGCUUCCCACAAUAAGUUGGGUGAAUUUUGGCCCAUUCCUCCUGAGUCAGGUUUGUAGACCUUCUUGCUUGCACACGCUUUUUCAGUUCUGCCCACAAAUUUUCUAUAGGAUUGAGGUCAGGGCUUUGUGAUGGCCACUCCAAUACCUUGACUUUGUUGUCCUUAAGCCAUUUUGCCAUAACUUUGGAAGUAUGCUUGGAGUCAUUGUCCAUUUGGAAGACCCAUUUGCGAUCAAGCUUUAACUUCCUGACUGAUGUCUUGAGAUGUUUCUUCAAUAUAUCCACAUAAUGGGGCCCUCCCGGGUGGCGCAGUGGUCUAAGGCACUGCAUUGCAGUGAUAGCUGUGCCACCAGAGACUCUGGGUUCGAGCCCAGGCUCUGUCGCAGCCGGCCGUGACCGGGAGGACCAUGGGGCGGCGCACAAUUGGCCCAGCGUUGUCCAGGUUAGGGAUGGUUUGGCCGUUAGGGAUAUUCUUGUCUCAUCGCGGACUAGCGACUCCUGUGGCGGGCCGGGCGCAGUGCACGCUGACCAGGUCGCUAGGUGUACGGUGUUUCCUCCGACACAUUGGUGCGGCUGGCUACCGGGUUGGAUGCGCGCUGUGUUAAGAAGCAGUGAGGCUUGGUUGGGUUGUGUUUCGGAGGAUGCAUGGCUCUCGACCUUUGCCUCCCCGAGUCCGUACGGGAGUUGCAGCGAUGAGACAAGACCGUAAAUACUAACAAUUGGAUACCACAAAAUUGGGGAGAAAAAGUGGGUAAAAUAAAUAAAUAUAUAAUUUCCCUAUAAAAUCAUGCCAUCUAUUUUGUGAGGUGCACCAGUCCCUCCUGCAGCAAAGCACCCCCACAACAUGAUGCUGCCACCCCCGUGCUUCACUGUGUUCUUCGGCUUGCAAGCCCCUUUUUCCUCCAAACAUAACGAUGGUCAUUAUGUCCAAACAGUUCUAUUUUUGUUUCAUCAGACCAGAGGACAUUUCUCCAAAAAGUAUGAUCUUUGUCCCCAUGUGCAGUUGCAAACCGUAUUCUGGCUUUUUAUGGCGGUUUGGAGCAGUGCCUUCUUCCUUGCUGAGCAGCCUUUCAGGUUACAUCGAUAUAGGACUCGUUUUACUGUGGAUAUAGAUACUUUUGUACCUGUUUCCUCCAGCAUCUUCCAAGGUCCUUUGCUGUUGUUCUGGGAUUAAUUUGCACUUUUCGUACCAAGUACGUUAAUCUCUAGGAGACAGACCAUGUCUCCUUCCUGAGCGGUAUGACGGCUGCGUGGUCCCAUGGUGUUUAUACUUGCGUACUAUUGUUUGUACAGAUGAACGUGGUACCUCUAGGCAAUUAGAAAUUGCUCCCAAGGAUGAACCGGACUUGUGGAGGUCUACAAUUUUUUUUCUGAGGUCUUGGCUGAUUUAUUUUGAUUUUCCAAUUAUGUCAAGCAAAGAGGCACUGAGUUAGAAGGUAGGCCUUGAAAUACAUCCACGGGUACACCUCCAAUUGACUCAAAUGAUGUCAAUUAGCCUAUCAGAAGCCUCUAAAACCAUGACAUAAUUUUCUGCUGUUUAAAGGCACAGUCAACUUAGUGUAUGUAAACUUCUGAUUCACUGGAAUUGUGAUACAGUGAAAUAAUCUGCCUGUAAACAAUUGUUGGGAAAAUUAUGUGUCAUGCGCAAAGUAGAUGUCCUAACCGACUUGCCAAAACUAUAGUUUGUUAACAAGAAAUUUGUGUGUGUGUUGAAAGUGGUUGAAAAACAAGUUUUAAUGACUCCAACAUAAGUGUAUGUACACUUCCGACUUCAACUGUAUGUUAUGUUUUUACUGACUGUUGCUCAGAUUCAUGCAUUUUAUAGUUUUACUCACUGUUAAAUUUUCAUCUUCAUGUGUUGUUUUAUAGUUACUUGACCUUUUCAUGUUUAUUACCCGGCUUUGCAACACCCAAACUGAUGGCACCCUGAGUUAAGUAGUCAACAUGUAAUAAGAAGAUUUGCCUGCAGAUGGGCUGCUGUCUGCAAUGCUACACUGAAAGUUGCAGCUCCACUCAUUUGGAUCGACAAGGUAUACUUAAGCCUACCCCUGUAUAAUUUGUGUUGCCACCAGGGGCGUCAUGCACCCCAAAAAUCUGAGGUGCACAAAGUACAUGAGGAUGAUUGGCAGGUGGAUCGGAAGAGGGCUCAAUUGAGCUUUUUCCUGCAUCUAGAGCCAUCAAAAUGCAUAAUUUUAUAUCCAUGUUUUCCCUGCUUAUCUAAGCAUACCUCUUGAGCCGUCUAUUGGUGGAUAUUUUUUUUAAGAGACUAAAAUCUCGGGUAAAAUAUUGAAA